GCCCUAAUCACCCAAUGAAACCUCACAGACUUACUUUAACCCAUAAUCUUGUGUUCAACUAUGCUCUUCAUAAGAAGAUGGAGGUGUACAAGCCUUAUAGGGCAACUUAUCAUGACAUGUGCAGAUUUCAUUCCAGUGACUACAUACAAUUUCUACGAAGGGUAACACCACAAAACACAGGGCAGAACAAAACAUUGAACAACUUUAAUGUUGGAGAAGACUGCCCUGUGUUUUCUGGCCUGUUUGACUUCUGUUCCAUUUAUACUGGUGCUUCACUUGAAGGUGCAGUUAGGCUUAAUCAAGGGACAACCGUGUGUUAUACAUUGACAUCGACAUCCACCAUGGUGAUGGAGUGCAGGAAGCCUUUUAUUUGACCGAUCGGGUAAUGACGCUGUCCUUUCACAAGUAUGGAAACCAAUUCUUUCCAGGAACUGGAGACAUGUUUGAAUUAGGAGUUGAGAACGGACGAUACUACUCACUAAAUGUUCCUUUGAGAGAUGGAAUAGAUGAUCAAGGUUACGCCAAUCUUUUCAAGCCCAUAAUGCAGUCAGUUGUGAACCACUAUCAACCAAGCUGCAUUGUUCUACAAUGUGGUGCUGAUUCACUUGGGUGCGAUAGACUUGGUUGUUUUAACCUCAGCAUCAAAGGACACGGCGAGUGUGUUCAAUUCGUGAAGACCUUUAACCUUCCAAUGUUGGUUCUCGGUGGUGGAGGAUACACCAUUAAGAAUGUUGCCCGGUGCUGGGCGUACGAAACAUCGCUUCUAGUGGAUCAGGAAAUCUCAAGUGAUAUUCCUUAUAACGACUAUUUGGAGUAUUUCGCGCCAGACUUCUCCCUGUAUCCAGACAUCGCAGCCAGAAUAGAGAAUCAGAACACAAAACAGUACUUGGACCAUAUAAAGCACACUGUCAUAGAGAACAUUAAGUGCCUAACAGGCGCUCCCAGUGUACAGAUGCAGGAGGUCCCCCCGGAUUUCAUGUGCUUGGAAAGUAUGGAAGAACAGGAAGACCCUGAUGGGAGACAGGAGGAUGACUCAAGAUUUGAAGGGGAAUUUUAUGACGGCGACCAUGAUGUUGACAAAGAAGACGCUUAUGUCGAGGUGUAAAAUGUUGAAGGAAGCAAGACCUUUUUGUCCGCGAACUAACAGCCUCAUAGGCUUUGAAGGUGUGGGUGCUUGUGAAGGCGACCAUAGGGGAUCCGUAAAGAGCUAAUGUUUUCCAAAAGAAACAAACAGAAAAAAACAAGCAAGCUGGAGACCAUGUUUGCACGGUGACAAACGUGUACAUCAGGAACGUUUCAUACGCUGUCCCCAAACGAGAAACCGUUGUGUUCAUAACCGAUGUACAGAUAUUUCAGACAUAAAGUAGUGAUAUUUGUGUAUUGUAGAGGUGUGUGCCUCUAUUUGUGUAUUGUAGAGGUCUGUUCCUCAGUUAUUAAAGAUAUGUCGGAUUUGAAUAAAGUACACACAAGUUGCAGUCGUUUUCGUGACGACGGACACAACAAUUUUUCUGACGAUGAAAAUAUAAGAAACAACCGCUGCCAUGCAAAAUCUGCGAAAAAAAAUUGACAUGUCUCUAGAAAUCUGUUUGAGGAAACAAAACUUGGCAUACACCAAGUCGAUUUGGCAUUUUGUUUUGAGCUUUUGUGGAUUCGCAAAUCAAGUACAACCUUAAAAAGCUAUAUUUCUAAACGGGUAUUGAUUCAAAAUUAAGAGAAUCGGACCCCGUUGAUGAGAGCAGGAUUAAGCUAACCGAAAGUUAGCCAAAAUUUUUUUUAUUUAGCUUUGUAGCUCUGCGAACAGUUUUAAAUGUUCAUAUUUAUUCUUCAGUUACGUCUUACGUAAGCUGUAACAUACACUCUACUUCAAGAGAAAUUAAUUAAGGACACGAUAAAUUUUUUAUCCAGCAUGGAUUAUCGCCAAGGGAAUUUCGAAAAACCGGCCCCCGGGAAGUGUGGAAUUCCUUGCAGUUUCCUUCCUCCUUAUUCCGCCGGACACAAUCGCGAAAUUAAGUCAAUUAUCUUUCGCACAAAGACGGAUAUCCUUUUCCCGAAUAUGGUAGCUGUGAAAUAGCUGUAGUUGUUUCAUAAUCGAGACCUAUACUGCUGUGACCCAUAAUUUUGUUGCUAAGAAUACCUUCUGUAAUAAUUUUCUCAGGCGUGCGGUCUUAUCGUACGGUCUUGUCUAGAAGGGACGUCAGAUCGGCAGAUGAUCAUGACCUGGUUCGGGGUCAAUCAAUUUAGGUUAAUUUGCCUUAUUACUGUCAAAUGUAUCUCCUUAUAAAAAAAUCUGUCAGACGGUUAUAAGGAAAGUAAGUGGCCAUAGGUUAUUUUAGAUAACCAGUAUGUUUUGUAUCGAGCAUUGUUUGAUAUGAAAGUUACUGGGGAAGAAAAGUGAAAAAGUAGGAAAGUUUUAGAGGAACAUAAAGAAUAAGAGAUCGUUGAAGGAUAAUGU